CCCGGCCCUUUCCUCGGGAUAGCCCACGCCACACCGAAGAAGGUAUCAAGCCAAGCCGUACCGCACCCGCAACCGCAACGCGGCCACCUACCAUCUCCGUCUUGUCCACCCUACUCUAACCCCUGAUCUCCUCCUCUUCCCCAAAAUCUCUCUCACCUUCUGCUCCAACAAAAUCUCUCACUUCCCGUGCCUGAACCCUCCUUGGAAUCCUCCUAUACAGCAGCAGCAGAUCAGAUCUUCGACUCCUCCAAGAAGUGAACAAUCAAUCCGACUGGAUCUGGGGAUGAUGGAGGAGGACAGCUUCAUCAACAACGAUGUUGGGGAGGAGGUGGUGGUUGCGAACGGUGGUGACGGCGAAGGGGUCGGGGGGAUGGCGAGGAGCGACGACGGCGGCGAUGGGGGAGGGGGGAAUGUGGUGCAGGACCCGCCACUUAGCUUAGGUGAGGUGCGAGGGAUCCUGGAGCAGAACCACACGCUGAUCCAAGAGAUCAGCCAAAACCACAAGGCCCGCGAUGCCGAUCGCCUCACCCGCAACGUCGCCCUCAUCCGGGAUCUCAACACAAACAUCGCCCGUGUCGUUGACCUCUACGCCAACCUCACCGGCUCCUCUCACUCCCACACCACAUCCGACGUUGCCAGCGCCACCAACACCAACGCCACCAAUAGUUCCUCCCCGUCCGCCGCCGCCGCCACAGCUGAGGUGAGCAAGCAACCCCACACCACCGACACCGACGCUAAGUAGAGCACCUACAACUCCAGCAAUUCGAUCUCUUCUCCUUUCUUUUAUGUCUAGAAUUUUAGAUUUACUGAGCAACAGGAGGAGAGGAGGUAGAUUUGGAAUCCUGCUAAACUUUUUUCUCUUAAAUUUCCGUUUUCUUUCUCUCGAUGUAAUUCAGCGAUGAGAUAGACAUGGACAACCGUAAACACCCAACUUAUCAGAGAUCAAAGAAAGAUGCAGACAUGGUAACAAUGCCAUGCCAGCACCCCUCAUUGUAGUGAGAAUGGUAGGGACUUUUCCGACCGUGCCAAUGCAAAUGGUGUAUGGUUUUUUCAACCAAGUAUACUGAUUUUAUUCGGAAUUUAUAUAUAGUUUGUUAUAUCA